UAAUAGUCUGCAAAAGUAACGAAAUAAAUAGUUAUAAGCCAUAUUUUCUGACAAUCCACCACAAAUAAAGUCAGGAUAUAAUUAGAAAACUAAGUUUAAAAAUCAUUAAUUUCUUUUUUUACAGAUAUCCAGUAAUGUAAGCCUACUGUCGUAAUUUACUGUAACGUUCCAAUGGAUAACCCUACAAUGACCUCAAAGUGGAGCUUGAUAAGAAGACGACUUUGGUUGCAUACAGUUUUGCCAACUCUUACAGUGAACAUGUCCCACGUGCUUUUGUUGUGUCUACUUAUCACCGUUGCCUGUGUCUUUGGACAAAAUGAUGUCUCCGUGUCGCCUCCGCAAUGCAUUGUUAACGGAGACUGCGGUGUCACAGAAACCUGUGUCAACCUGAGUUGCCGAAACCCUUGCCCUGGCACCUGUCAGGGUAACGCCAAGUGUGAGGUCCACGACCAUGUACCGUACUGUUCCUGCAAGCCCGGCUUCUCUGGGGACCCGUUCACUGGAUGUCAGCAAGAGACACCAAACUGCACACCUUCCGGUAGUUCCCAUGGAAAAAAGGUUUACAGAGUGGAACGCUUUAUAAAGGUCAAUUGGUACGCUGCAUUAAUUCACUGCAGAGACCAUGGCGGAGCGUUAGCCACCAUUAGGUCUCGGGAAGAAAACGAACAGAUCAAAGAAGAGAUCCGCAAAACAACCUUGCGGAACGAUAGAUUCUGGACCUCUGGAACGAAAUAUCCUCAGGGAUAUUGGAUUUGGAUGUCUACCGGAGACAUGCUGCCGGACUUCACAGACUGGCUACCCGGAGAACCAAACAACGAUGGGGGCAACGAGAACUGUUUAAACUUUUAUGAGAGCAACAAUCAGGGUUAUAUGUGGAACGACGUACCAUGUACAAAACCAAUGUACCCGGUAUGUGAGUAUUUUGUGCAAUAAAACAUUUGUAUUGAAUUUGGUA